AUGAAUGAUUCUCUUACUGAAUGUCGUGAGUUUCUUCAAGCCCGACAGGCCGAGCUGUCAAGUGAAAUUCAUAAAAGAAGCAAACACCCACUUCCAUCAAAUGUUGAAGACGAUCAACUCCGUGGUCACUAUGACCAACUCCAUGACCAAAUCUGCGAUACCAUUACUCAAAUCAUACUAGACUCCCUUGAAGCCAUUGAAAAAGAAGAUCCAGAAAGUAUUAAGGCUAUAAUCGAAAAAAUCCAAUCAGAGGAAACCAAAUUGCAAUCCAGCUUAACUGAAUUAAGAGAGAAACUUGAAAAUAUCGCAGAAAACUUGGGUUCUGGACUUGACCCAAUCCGUAAAGAUAUUAUCGAGAGGAAAGAUCCCGCUAUUUUGACUGAAUGUAUUAGAAGCACCGCUGAAGCUCGUUUGGCUCUUCUUCGUGAAAUUAUCUCUGAAGAAAAAGGAUAUGUCUUUGUCCAUGUCAAGUUGGUUUGGGAGAUUAUGGGAACUCUUAAUUCUCAUGGUAUGCAAUAUGAAAAUAUUCGCUCUGGUUGUGAAGAGAUUUUUUUGAUUAUUAUGGGAAAGCUUGUUGAGUUUAAUCGUGUUGGCGAAACAGUGGACUUAAUACAAUGGGGAAACUUCCAAGCUGAAAUUAAAGAAAAACAACUCCAAUUAGAAGAUGAAUGUACUAAACAUAUAAAAGAACUUAGCAACCUGUCUGUUAAGGAUUUUGCAAAAAUAUCUAAACUUAAUAAAGAAGAAGUCGCUAAGAUCUCCCGAAAAUAUGUCGAGAAAGUUAAGACAGAAUUAGACGGCUUGGUUGACUAUUCUUCUAAGUUCAUUACUCUUUGUUCUAGCCAGUUGGAAAACAAGGAGACCAUCGUUAAAUUUUUAGAUCUCUUCGAGGCUCUAUAUAAUUAUUUUCGUGAAUCCAGGAGGCUGUUACAAGUAGAGUUUGACCGAUUCCAUAAGCAGGCCAAUUCUUCAACUACUGGCCCUAAGCCAAUUCAAGAAUCUGCCGAGUCAUCUUGUACGGUAAAAGAUGUAUAUAAUGAAAAUACCAAGUCAAAUAAUGACCUUACAUCAGGCCACGAUACAUUGGGUGAUAACUUGUUUGUUAGUGAUAAAAUUAACAAACCAAUGGACCCGGUGCCUGCUGAAUUCUCCC